CAGUCUGUGCUGACGGCUGCCUUGGAAGCCGGUGUGACAACCUUUCUCUUCGACGGCCCCAGCACUGCUCUGGCGCAUGACUGGAGUCAGCUCGCGCGGUUCACUGCAGUCUCCGUGGAUGGCACUGAUAUCAGGGAACUCACCUCCAACAAGCGGCUGGGCCAGCAUCGGAGCGUUUCCUCUGGGGAGGAGUUGAAAGCGUUGCAGUCCGAGAGCAUCGCUGAUGGCAUCACCGUCCUUGACAUGGCGGACUGGCGCAUCAUCCCCGCUGAGAACCUGCAGGGAUCAGGAGCGCAGCUGAUGCCGAUCGCAACAUCAGCAGCAGAUGCAAAGAUCAUGCUGGAGGCACUAGAAACUGGCACCGAUGGGGUGGUCCUGCGGACAGACACAGCAGCUCAGGUGUGGCUGCAGCAGAAGGAGGCAAAGGACGCAGAGCGCCUGGAGUAUGAGGUUGGCACAGUGACGCGCUUGGAACCUGUGGGCAUGGGAGACAGGGUGUGUGUGGAUCUGGCGAGCCUGCUGGUCCCUGGGGAGGGCCUCCUGGUGGGCUCCUUUGCCAGGGCGUUAUUUCUGGUGCACUCCGAGUGCAGCGAGAGCGCAUACAUCAACAGCCGCCCCUUUCGCGUCAAUGCCGGCCCGGUGCAUGCAUAUGCGGCGGCGCCAGGCGGCAGCACGGCGUAUCUGGCCGAGCUGAAGAGCGGUUCGGAAGUGCUGGUGGCUGACGCGCAAGGGCGGCAACGAGUGGCCAUUGUGGGGCGCGUCAAAGUCGAGCGGCGGCCCCUGGUGCUUUUGGAGGCUGAGACUCCAGAUGGGGAGGCGCACAGCCUGCUGCUGCAGAAUGCCGAGACUGUGCGACUCAUUGGCCCGUCAGAGCCACUAGGCAAGGCAGUGUCUGUGUCUGAGCUGCAGGUUGGUCAGGCUGUGUAUGUGAGGAGACAAGCCGCGGCCAGGCACACUGGCAUAAGCAUCGAUGAGUUCAUAAGGGAACGAUGA